AUGCCCGCACGAGUAUCUACCAGGUCCACGCGGACCUCGGCCGCCGUUUCGCACAAAUCCUUCGCAGCGACACUCGGCUCCCGAGCAUCAACAGCGUCCCGCUCCUCCUCGCUUGCUCUCGAUGUCCCUACCGAAAGACCCGACAGCGAACUUCGCGGUCAGGUGUGCGCCGUCUUCCGAGAUGCACAAAAAAACACAGCGUCACACCGCAAGCUUGUUGUCACCUUGCGCAAGAUCCAGGAGGCCUGCGCAUACGAGCCGACCAGCCUGAAAAAGUCAACGUCAAACGACUUUGAUGAGGAAGCCUUCAACUCUGAGUUCGUUCGGUGUGUCUUGAGAGUGAUGCCCAUCAAAAAGGCAGAGAGCGUUGGAGAGAAGACGAUCCGAUUCAUUGGCUUCUUCCUGCGACAUGCGAACGACAAAGACAACGAGAUUCUGGGGGAGAUCGACGAGGAUGCUAGUGUCAUGCCCGAGACUCCCAGCACCAGACUCACCAGCUACCUCAUGAGCACGGUUUUGCCCCUGAUGGUAGCCAAGGACAAGUUUGUGCGGUACAGAUCUACUCAAUUGAUUUCGCACAUCAUCAACUCUCUCGACGCCAUCGACGACGAUCUCUUCCAAAAACUCCGGCACGGCCUUCUCAAGCGCAUCCACGACAAGGAGGCAAUGGUCCGCGCCCAGGCAGUUCUGGGCCUGGGGCGUCUGGCUGGUAACCAAGUUGACGCUGCGAACGAGGACGAUAGCGAUGACGACGACGCCAGCGGGCUGCUUGAGAAGCUCCUAGAGGUUCUCCAAAACGAUCCCAGCGCAGAUGUGAGAAGGUCGUUACUCGUUAACCUCCCGAUUCUUCCCGCUACCCUCCCAUAUCUGUUGGAGCGCGCCAGAGAUCAAGAUGCCUUGACUCGCAGGGCAGUAUACUCGCGGCUUCUGCCAGCUCUCGGUGAUUUCCGACAUCUCUCGCUCUCAAUGAGAGAGAAGCUCCUCAGAUGGGGUCUUCGUGACAGAGACGAAAAUGUGCGCAGGCUUUUCCGCGAACGCUGGAUCGAGGACUGCGCCGGCGUUGCGCCACCCGAAGAAGGAGCUCCGCCUGCCGAACCCUCGCCUCCCAACUUCGAUGGCCUCCUUGAGCUUCUAGAACGAAUCGACGUUGUGAACUCCGGUGUUGAGAACGGUGUCGCUCUUGAGGCGAUGAAGGGUUUCUGGGAAGGGAGACCCGACUACCGGGAAGCUGUCACCUUCGACCAGCACUUCUGGGAGACGCUCUCUGCUGAGUCUGUUUUCAUGGCUCGCAGUUUCAACGACUUCUGCAGAAACGAGAGCAAUGGCAAAUUUGAGUCACUGGUUGAGGAGAAGCUGCCAGAAGUGACCACUCUCGCAUUCUACCUCGAGAGAUACAUCAGCGUCUUGAUCGAGGCCAUUAAGAGGGUUUCCGAGACAGAAGGCGAAGAGGAAGAGGAAGAAGACACGGUUGAGCAGGAGUUCAUCGUCGAGCAACUGCUUCACAUCGCCAUCACCCUUGACUACUCCGAUGAGGUCGGUCGUCGCAAGAUGUUCGCCCUCCUUCGCCAGUCGCUCUCAGUCCCCGAGCUUCCGGAUGAUGUGACGAAGCUCACCAUCAAUGUCCUUAGGGACAUCUGCGCGCCAGAUAAUGCCGGCGAGAAAGAGUUCUGCUCAGUGGUUCUCGAGGCUGUCGCUGAUGUUCAUGACACAAUCGUCGAUGACCCAGCACCGGACGACCGCACCGAGGACAGCUUCCACUCAGCGAGGUCGGAGGUCAGUGGCGACGGCACGCCCGCAAGGGGCGGAAGUCGACAAAAGAGUCCCGAGCUCAGCGAAGAAGAAGCUCGAGCAAAGGCUGUCAAGGAGAUCAUGAUCAACAUGAAGUGCUUGCAUAUUGUGCAGUGCAUGUUGUCCAACGUCGCCGGCAACCUGCAACAGAACGAUCACUUGGUUUCGAUGCUCAACAAUCUUGUGGUCCCUGCUGUCCGCAGCCACGAGGCACCGGUGCGUGAGAGAGGACUUGUAUGCCUGGGCCUCUGCUCCCUGCUGGACAGAUCUCUGGCCGAGGAGAACCUGACACUCUUCAUGCACUUCUUCACCAAGGGCCACACUGCCCUUCAGAUCACCGCCUUGCAGAUUCUUACCGACAUCCUUAAUGUCCAUGGAGCCCAAUUACUCAGCUCAACGCCGGCACUGCUAAAGAUUUAUAUUAAAGCGCUGAAAUCAGGCACAAAGUCGCCCGAGGUCCAGGCUGCUGCCACGUUGGCCGUAUCCAAGCUGCUAUUGGGACGUGUCGUGACGGACCCGGAAGCUUCGGCUGAAAUGCUCAAGACACUUGUCGUCCAAUACUUUGACCCCGUCACAGCUACCAACCAGAGCGUCAGACAGGCCCUGAACUACUUCCUACCCGUCUUCUGCUACUCGCGGGCUGAGAACCAAGACCUUAUGCGUACCGUCGCCCUGGAUGCUCUGCAUGCACUUCUGAACGUCCGUGAGAGCUUGGAGGACGACGACGCUGAUGUCGACGAAGACAUGGAGAGCUUGACGACCAUUGGUGCUUGUCUGGUGGACUGGACUGAUCCUCGCAAGUGUUUCAACCCUGCAACCGGUCUUGAUUUGGAGAAGAAGACUGUCAACGGCGACAUCCACCUGGAGUUUGCUCUGGAUAUCCUGGACCGCUUGAACAGUAACAUAAGCAAGGAGGAAAAGAAGGUCGUAGCGUCGCUACUCGGAAAGCUGUACAUCUCACCUACCAGCACAGAGGAGAAGAUCAGAGAGGUCUACGACGAGGUCACGAUCGCUGUCAACGACAGGCUAAUCUCCGACACGACUGGCCGAAACGCCCUCAACAAGGUCCAUGUCAGUUUGGGCAAGAUCGUCGCCAGCCUCGGGGAGCAGCAGGAUGGCGAGCCGCGUCGCAUGAGCCGAAGCGUGUCCGUUGCUGCUUCAGUGGCCGGGUCUGUCGCCGGAUCUGUUGCGCCGUCCGAAAAGCAAGAGACCGACAAUGAGAGGACGCUCAACUUGGAGCCCGACAUUAAAGAAGAAGAUGAAGACAGCGAUGACACUGUCAUCCAGACCACCAUCAAGGACGACGGCAACUCUCUUGUGAGCGAGCUAUUGUCAGACGAGGAGGGGGCAUAA